AUGACAGUUCUGAAGAUAGAUACUCCUGUCGAUGAGUUUACCGCUCAAAGCGCCGAGAAAGAAGCGAUUGCCACGAGUCAACCCUUCACAAAGGAGGAGGGCGUAGAUGGACCACUUCUCUUAACAUUGCUGAUGGGAAACAACAACAACAAUGCCACGGCUCAAGCCGCUUCAGGGAAUCCCGUUUCUGACACCUUGAAUCCCGACUACUAUGCUCUCGAGUUGAGCUCUACUGUAAAUGACGAUGAAGGAGACAUUGAUAACGAUUUAUCCACUGUCGACGGCCAGGAUGGACCACUUCUAUUCGCACUGAUGUUAAAUAAUCAAAACAACAAUAACGUCCACCCUAACCAGAAUCCCAACCAAAAAGAGAACAACGAAAUUUCCGAUACUUUGGAUCCUAGAAGUGUUGCUCUUGAGUUAAAGUUUCCAGUGAGCAAUGAUGCAGAUAUCAAUGAUAUAUCUGUUGAAACUAGUGGCGAGGAUGGACCACUUCUAUUCGCACUGUUGUUAAAUAAUCAAAACAACAAUAACAACCCUAACCAGAUUCCCGAUCCAAAAGAGAACAGCGCAAUUUCCGAUACUUUGGAUCCUAGAGGUGUUGCUCUUGAGCUAAGACCUCCUGUGGGCAACAAUACAGAUAUCAAUGAUGCAUCCAUCGAGACCAGUGGUGAAGACGGUUCACUCUUAUCUGCAUCAAACAACACUGGUCAAUUCGUCAGCGAGGGUGGUGAUGGUCCCCUCCUUUUAACGAUGCUUCUUGCAAAUGAGAACCAGAACAACGGCAACAAGGCCACAGAAGCUAUGAAUAAAGCGAUUGCCGAUACCUUGGACCCCAGUGAUACUAUCACCGAAGCUAUCUCCAACGUUUUGGAGUCGAAACCCCACUUAUUAGAGCUGCACCCCUCUAAAGAUACUAUCGCGGAAGCUAUUCCCGAUGUUAUGGAGAUGAAAUCCCAGUUGUUAGAGUUACACCCCUCUAAAGAUACUAUCACAGAAGCUAUCCCCGAUGUUAUGGAGAUGAAGACUCAACUGCUAGAGUUACACUCGCCUGGAAAUGACGAGGCCAAUAGUAUUCCCGUCAUGUUAAAGGUCAACUCUCAAGCUCAAAAAGCCCAGAUACUGGCGAUGCUUCAAGGACGUUCAAUUCCAGUAGCCAUCACUUCGAAUGGUACCAAAGGGAGUUUUGCAAAUGGAACACUUGACAGAGCGCAAGUCACCGCUGCCAAUUUGCAAUCCACGCCCCACGUUGCUCUUAACGAGGCCAAGAAUGGUAAUUUGAGCGACGAGCAACUGCAGUUUUGGAGAGAAAAUGGAUAUCUCGUCAUUCCAGAUACACUACCAGAGGGCCAAAAAGAUCACUUGCUUAAGACCGUACAUGAAGCAGCGCAAGUACUUGCUGGCGGUGGCGAGAGAGUACAAAAACAUGCCUAUUUCGCGGGACAAAAAUCCUACGUGAGUCCUGUGGGCCGAGCACUCGCUACAUUGAGUGAACAUGGCUUCAACCCCGACGUCGAACCCCUAAAACGUAUCCAACGUAUCGGCUGCGGAAUCCACCGCGUUAUGCCCCCAUUCCGAAAAGCCAUCCUCAGUCCCUUCCACUCCACACUCGCCAGAUCCCUCGGCUACAAAGACCCUUGCAUAUACCAAAGUUUGAUUAUCGUGAAAGCCGCCGAGGUUGGCGCGCGCGUGAUUCCUCAUCAAGAUGGCUGUUCGGGAUUCACAAACCCAUCGAGUUGCACGACUUUCUGGUAUGCGCUUGAAGAUUGCUCGACGGAGAAUGGGUGUUUGGCUGUCGCGCCGGGUAGUCAUCGUGUAGAACCAAUUACAAGGCGUUGUAUCACUAAUGGAAAUGGACAGCCGGUGUUUACUGAUUUGGAAAAGCCGGUUUAUGCGGACAUUGAGGGGGUAGAUGAUUCGACUCUACCAAAGAAGAAUGAGAAGGGGGAGUUUGAAUAUAAGAAGUUGGAGGUGAAAGCAGGGACCUUGAUAUUGAUGCAUGGUAAUUUGAUGCAUAAGAGCGAGGCGAAUCGAAGUAGUAAGAGUCGCGUUGCGUUUAACUUUGGAGUUGUGGAGGGUGAACACGGGUGGCUAGAAGACAAUUAUCUUCAGCCUUAUGAAGGAGCGACAGAGUUUGAGAAGUUAUAA